AUGACUCAAGUCUUAUGCGAUGAAGCUGAAAAAUUGACACGAAACCAGAGUGAUUGCCCACUGUGGUACGAACUCCGAUACGGGAGAAUUACAGCUGUAACAGGAGCGAGUAAGGUGCAUGAAACAAGUGCAAUGUUACGAGGAAAGGACUUGGAAAAACUGGUGCUGAUAGAAGUAGAGCGCGAACUAGAUACACGAAUUAAGAGUGCUGGACUGUAUCUAUCACCAAAUUAUCCAGCUCUUGGUGCAUCACCUGAUGGUAUGACCAACGAAUACAUCGUAGAAAUAAAAUGUCCUUCGAAUGAAAAAGCGUUGGAAAGAUUCUUGUCGAAAGAUAAAAUUAUCAAUCCUAAGUGCGUAGCACAAAUGCAAUUACAAAUGUUAGCUACAGGAAAGAAAAAAGGAUUAUUUUGUGUGGCUGAUUCGGCCUUUGAAAAUACAAAAAAAGUGCACAUGCAGUGGCUUGCAUACGAUGUAGAAGUAGCACAGGAUUUAGUCAAAAAGGCAAUGCUGUUUUGGGAAAGAAAUAUAUUUCCAUUGUUAUUAUCUUCUGUACAGAAGUAA